AGCCGCUUGUUCACUACCUGUUAGCUUAACGGGACCGAAGGACAACCGCUAGCGAAGCUACCGUCAACCAGCGAGUAAAGUGCAAAACGAAUGGAGGCUGCCGGCUAACGGUGUGUUCUUGUCAACACACUGACACGGGUCGUAAGCCGUCAUCUUGUCGUUAUUUGUGCCCGGAAGCAGCCAGCGGGCCGAAUUGACAGCCGCUGGGCCUCUUCGCCGUGGCCCAGCAGGACUCGAGUGAAGUUGGGAGCGGACUGCCAAACUUCUGCUUCUCUAGCGGCUCUCCGCGGGGCCCGGGGCUCCUGUCACCGGCCCUGUGGAUGAGGAAGUGAAGACGCGUCUUAUUGACCACCAGGAGAAAGGAAUCCCUUUGAUGGGAGAAUCCUCUUUCCUGGCCUCCCGGGUCAAUCGCCGUGCCAUGAUGAUGGAUGAGCAGGAGGCGCUGAACUCGAUCAUGCAGGACUUGGCCGAACUGCACCGCUCUAGCCGUCCUUCCACGUUCCUGUCGGACCUCGGCAAACCCAAAGCCUCCUCGCCCAAGAACCAGAACGAUGUGAGGGUGAAGUUUGAGUUCAAAGGAGAGAAGAGGAUCUUGCAGUUCCCUCGACCCGUCAAGCUGGACGACCUGAAGGGGAAAGCUAAAGUGGCUUUCGGUCAGACGAUGGACCUUCACUACACCAACAAUGAGUUGGUGAUUCCACUGACCACCCAGGACGACCUAGACAAGGCCGUGGAGCUGCUGGAUCGCAGUGUUCACAUGAAGAGCCUGAAGAUCCUCCUGGUGCUUCAGAUCUCCUCUCAGAACGUAUGCUCCAACAUGGACCUCCUGCCGUCCCACGAGGAGCUGGACAACACAGGAUUCAGAGUUGCCGACAAGAAGACUAUGCUGGCCUUGAUAGGCUCCCAUUCAACGGACCGCAGCUCGCCUCCUCCGGGUUACAUCCCCGACGCCCUGCAGCAGGUGGCGAGGAACGGCUCCUUCACCAGCAUCAACAGCGAGGGGGAGUUCAUCCCCGAGAGCAUGGACCAGAUGCUGGACCCGCUGUCUAUGAGCAGUCCAGAGAACUCUGCGUCUGGAAGUUGUCCCUCUCUAGACAGCCCACUGGACAGCGACUAUCCCAAGUCCAGGAUGCCCCGGGCUCAGAGCUACCCGGACAACCACCAGGAGUUUCCAGAGUACGACGUCCCGGUGUUUGAGAAGUCGGGGAAAGGCGGGACGUACCCUCGGCGGUACGGCGUUCCCUUCGGCCUCCAGGACUACAGCGACGGAAGGAAGACCUUCCCCCGCGCCCGGCGGACGCAGGUCCACGGCUUCCGCUCGCCGGUCAGCUUCAGCCCGACGGAGCAGUCGCCCAGCACCAGCAGCGGCAGCAGCGUCUUCACCCCCGACCUGGAGGAGGCCUCGGGGCCCGGCAGGAGGCCGCGCAGGGGCAGCGACAUCGAGCCCAACCCCACGCUGUCCGUCAUGGACAUCAGCCCCCCCAGCCGCUCUCCUCGCGCCCCGACAAACUGGCGGCUGGGGAAGCUCCUGGGACAAGGCGCCUUUGGGCGCGUCUUCCUCUGCUACGACGCCGACACCGGGCGGGAGCUGGCGGUGAAACAGGUCCAGUUUGACCCCGAGAGUCCGGAGACCAGCAAGGAGGUGAGCGCCUUGGAGUGCGAGAUCCAGCUCCUGAGGAACCUGUGCCACGAGCGGAUCGUCCAGUACUACGGCUGCCUGCGGGACACCAUGGAGCGCACGCUCUCCAUCUUCAUGGAAUACAUGCCCGGCGGCUCCAUCAAGGACCAGCUGAAGUCGUACGGAGCGCUGACGGAAAACGUGACGCGGCGCUACACCCGGCAGAUCCUGGAGGGCGUGUCCUACCUGCACAGCAACAUGAUUGUCCACAGAGACAUCAAAGGGGCCAACAUCCUCCGGGACUCGGUGGGCAACGUGAAGCUGGGCGACUUCGGGGCCAGCCGCCGCCUGCAGACAAUCUGCCUGUCGGGGACGGGCAUCAUGUCGGUGACCGGCACGCCCUACUGGAUGAGUCCGGAGGUGAUCAGUGGGGAGGGCUACGGCAGGAAGGCCGACAUCUGGAGCGUCGGCUGCACCGUCGUGGAGAUGCUGACGCAGCGACCCCCGUGGGCGGAGUUUGAGGCCAUGGCGGCCAUCUUUAAGAUCGCCACCCAGCCCACCAACCCCACGCUGCCGGUCCACGUGUCGGACCACAGCCGGGACUUCCUCAAGAGGAUCUUUGUAGAGACCAAGCAGCGGCCUUCUGCCGACGAGCUACUGAGGCACAUCUUCGUACAUUAGCCCCUGGACCUUUGACCCCCCCCCACCCCAGACCAUGUUGAAGCGGGGGGGGGGGGGGGGGGGACAACAAGCUCCUCAUGUCUCUGUUUGUAUGAGACUGCCAUGGAGGACAUUUAUAUUUUAUUUUUCUCUGCAAGCUGCACCUUAAUUUCUGAACCAAGGAGGGGGGGCCUCCUCCUCCUCCUCCUGAAGCAAAGCGACUCUUUUUUUAUGUCUGUACGGUUUCUCCCUCGGUACGUUUAAAGUAGGACAGCAUCAGUGUUGUGGACCUGCAGAGGGAGACGCCUGACCCGACCCCAGAAUGUAGCCUCCUGCCAAAACCAUCGGGGGGGGGGGACGGGACCUGGGCCCGCUGCUAUCGAUGAAACACUCCCUGAAAACAGAUCCCACUCGCCUGCCCUCGUCCCACCUCCUCUUGCUCCGUGUCUCUCUGCUCUACUCCCCCCCCCCCCCCCCCUCUCCCAGAUGAACUGCCUUUGCACCGUUCUCAGUUCAUCCGUUUCUGCCUUUCCUCCACCCGUCUGCUGUGGCCUGCAACCAAAGGUCCCCCCACCCUUCUGCUAACAGAGAAUGCACCAGCUGACGGCUCCUCAGACAGGGAUUGGUGCUGCUCACUAUCCCCGGAAUCCCAUUGGUCGAACCCUUGUCCUCAAAGGGCAAAGGGCACAUGAUGAGUGGAAUAUUUCAUCUCAGAUCACUUUUAAAUCCAGUCAUGACUGGACUGUUAAAUUCAUCAGUCAGUAAUUCUGCAAAGAAAAGCAUGAGAGAAGCACCACGUCGCCACAGGUGAAGACAUUGGACGAGGAAUCCGCAUCAAAUGAAGUAUUUCGAUAUUUUAGGACUCACGGAGGCGGGUUGAAUCUCACAGCUGAUGGUCCGUCUGCAUGACGCUGUGCUUCGUUUUGCUUCGGGGGCGUUCACAGCAAAGGCCGCCCCCCUUAGAGCCUCCUUUGUCUCUGUCUGUCUGUCUGUCUGUGUGUCUGUCUGUGUGUCUGUCUGUCUGAUGAAUACAUGGGUUGAUGUCCUUCUGACUGUGAAGCCGAACCCCUUCGCACACAUUAGUGACGGUUGGAUCCGGUUCAUUUUGUGCUCGUCAACAUGAUUGAUUACGCCGUUGUUGUGUCCCCCCCCCCCCCCCCCCCCCCCCC